AGAGCUUCUCCGGAAGUUUAUGAUUGUCAGUAAGCUAUGCGCCAGAGCUGGAACCGGCUGGAACGUACUGUCCAUUCGUCCAAAAUCGUUGCAAACAUUUAGAGGCUUGUCAAGAAGUAAUUAUUUUCGUUCUACAAUGACAAUAAGAGGACGACAUCGAAAUUAAGUAUGAAGCGAGUUAGCGGCCAGAUUAUACUCGUGAUAUGGCUCAUUCACCUGGCCGCUACUAGUACAUCUAGACUUUGGGAACUAAGUGUUAGAAGGAAUAGGACGGUACGAGAGGUUUCUUGCAAAGCAGAGGCAUAUCCACAUGAAGGCAUCUGCUGUUUAAAAUGCCCAGCAGGCACUUAUGUCAAGGAACAUUGCACUGAAACAUUACAGGAUGGGACCUGUGAGGCAUGUGAUUAUGAUACUUACACUGAACAUGAGAAUGGACUAAAUCAGUGUUUAUCAUGCACUAAGUGUCCUCCAGAUCAGGUGCCUUCAAAAACGUGCACCCGCACCAGCAACACAGAGUGUCAGUGCAAAGAGGGCUACUUCUGUCUUCCUCACCAUGCAUGCGAAGUGUGCAAGAAAUGCUCCAAAUGUAAAGAGGAUGAGUUCGAAAAUAAGCGAUGCACCCCCAUCUCCAACACCAUCUGUGAGAAGAAAACUGCAACGAAUACCACAGUGGUUAUAGUUCUUGUCUGCGUUGUGCUGCCAGCACUACUAAUUGGAGGCAUAGCCUUUUAUUUCCGGAAGACUUGGCCACAUAAAUUGAAUGCUGCAAUGAGACGAAAUAAUCCACACCGGAGAAAUGUGGAGGAGAACGUCAGGGUGACUGAGGACAGGCCAGUGAUGAAGGAGGCGACGCACCGCGCCCUGAAGCAGCUGGUGGGUUCCAGGGCCGCUGAAGACGAGGACACGGGCCUGGGGGACAGCCUCCCUAACACAGCCAGCUCCUCGCAAGCCAGUUUGUCUGCACUGACACCUUCCUCCCACACCCCCCUCUCCUGCAGCAGCAGCGGCAACAGCAGCUCCGCGCCCCCCAACCCGCUGACUCUGCCUCUCAUUAGGGUGAUAGACCAUGCCCCAGGCACUCGAAGACUCGUUCCUGUAAAUGGAGAGGAAUCACUGAAGAAAAGUUUUGACCUUUUUGAGGAAGUUGAUGUUCUGUUUCACAAGAGAUUCUUCCGGCACAUAGGACUCAGUGAUAACGACAUAAGAAGCGUUGAGCAUUCUUGCUCGGAUGAUAAGAUGUACGCCCUCCUCCGAAUGUGGAUGGAGAGGAAAGGAAUGAAAGCCUGUCUUAACGACCUCAUAGAUGCUUUGCUUUACCUGGACCAGAGGUUGUCAGCUGAAAACAUUAUUGCACAGGCAGUAGAAAGUGGCUUAUAUACGUGUGAGGAGACUCUGAUUGAUGACUGACUUGACCUGCCAUUUGUAUAUUUGUUUGAAAAUGAACUGGUAUAUAUUUUUUAAGUUUUGUCUUUAUUUUUUUCAGUUGCACUGGCAUCUGUGUGUGUUUAGUUAAGGUCCAUCAAAUGGAGCAUGAAGUCAGGCUUGAAUUAGUUUAAUGUACAAAUAGAGCUCAUACACAAGGUUCUGUACAAUGUGUCUUAUUUAUUUUAGAAAAUUCUGGAGAAAUAGUAUCAGAGUAUUUAGUAAACAAGUUAAUUGGGAAAGUCAUCAAUAUUUAAUAUUACAAUUUAAUUUUAGUUUUCAUAUUUUCCACAGAAUUAAAUGGCACUGUAGCUUUGACCUUCUGUUCAUUCUUCAUGGCAAAAGAUUGCUACAGGUUGUCUCCUGCUCCUAAAGCUGGCUUGAUAUAGGCCCUUUUAGAGCAAUCAGUACUGUUAUGAUAAUUGUAUGGACAUCUCAGUCAGAUUGAAAUAAGUCAAACCUCAGCUCCCUAAAACGACCCAAUGAAAGGCAGUGUAGGUAUGUAGCUUGCUCAUACAAGAUGGAAGAACACCAGCAUGAAACAACUAAACACAGAUCAGUGUUUACAGAUGGUCUUCUGUGGUCACAGCUAAAUGUGAUGCAACUUUAAAUGAAUGUGCAUAUUAGUUAAGAACAUUUUAUUUGAUAAUACAUGUUGCCUUUUGUGAGGUUUGAAAUCUAGUGGUUUUUUUUCUUUUUAUCCUGAGGCAUGUGUUAUUGUUGUCAUGGUGAUCCAAUGAAGAUGGGGAUCCAGUAUUAGUUUCAGAUGUACAUUACAGUACGCUUGUGUAGUUCCCAUGGUACUGAAAGAAAUUCUGAAUGUGUUGUACUGAAGCACUGGUAAUAAUUAAUUAACUAUUAAUUGAACUGGCAUAUCUCAUAAUUACAACAGUCAGUGCUGAACAAUACUUAGACUAUUCUAGACUAUUCCAAGCAUGUAAUGUGACCAAGUGAUCAGAUACAUUUUCAGGGCUUCUAAAAAACCAACUGUUAAAUAAUUAAGGAGAUCUUUGAAUGUCAACAAUGAGUGAUCAAGAUCAUGAUUUCCUGUCACUGUACUUUCUGUUGUAAGAAAAGGGCAACAAAGAGGUCUGUUUUUGUAUCAGUUAUUUGUGGUGUUAUGGUUUGUUUUGUAUUUGCUGUUGGCGUGUUUUGUACUUACUUAUCCUCUGAAGUUGUCACACUGAGAUUAAAUUAUAUACAUUUCCCUGUGAUAUGGGGGGGGGGGUGUUUCUCUAUAAAUGCAAUAAAAAUGAAUUCAAUGAUUUAUGAUCAAAUGAGAA